AUGAUAUCCGAAGAUAUGUGGGUUGACGAAACAACACAUUACUCAGUGCUAGGACUGAAGUCAGACGCAUCGGAGUCCCAGAUCAAGAAGGCCUACCGAAGAAUAGCAAUGGCAAUCCACCCCGACAAAAACAAAUCUGCAAGUGCUGCCGAGAUGUUCAAACUGGUAUCGCAUGCCCAAUCUGUUCUUAUUGAUAAAGAGCUAAGAAGGACUUAUAAUAGGUCUCUGAUAUCGAAAGGCCUGUAUACUUAUGUGCCGAAAAAGACGAAGCUGUCUGCAUUGGUGGCCGCCACAGCUAGUAGCGUCUCGGAAACGUCGAACUCAUCGCCGCGGAAAACAAACGUGCCCCAAUCUGCUCGCGCAUCCGCGCCAAAUCCCACUACGCCCUCUAGAGACAAGAUUCGUCCGAGCACAGCCUUUUCGAGGAAGAGCAAACCUUACGAGCAGCAGCCAUACGGCUUUGGUGUCGACAGCGAUGUCCAUGGGAGCCCCUUCGCUUCCCAAGACAAACCGUUCAACGCGAAAAGCUACCAGCAUCAACGCCCAUCCAACAAUCAUACUACUACAGAUGCCAAGCUAGGAAGCUCCACAUUUAGUUCAAGGUUUCCAUCCUCAGUCCCGGAUCUCGACAUCCCACAUAGCGCCGAUGAGGACCCUUCAACGCCUUUUAGUGAGGGCAAAAGAACUAAGCUCCCCAAAAAAGAUACUCAGGAAUUCAUCCCCGAUCCUCCCGGCUCGCCCUUCCCUAGCAACUUUCACCGGCAUUACGCCAGAACAAGUCACAAUGACAAGCAACAAAAUAGAAGAUCAACUUCGCCCGUUAAAAGCCAGCCGACUCCGACAACAGACACAUUACAAGGCCUCAAAGAUAUUCUGGAUAAGUUCAAAAAUCCAAAAGUCAAUAAAACUUCAAUCGAUGAGCCCAUCAGUCUGGAGGAACACGAAAGGAAUUCUGGUUCGGCGAAAGAGGCCGAUAAACUUUCCCAAACCCAGGCAGAGAGAGGCACCGAAUCACACGAUGGUGCACCUGGCUCAACAUCGAGCCCAAAAAUGGAGGAUUCUUCUGCUACUGUCCGCAGCACAUUACCGCAAGAAAAAGCGCGCAAGAGACCAAUAGUUGGGCUCAAGGCGGAAGUAUUCAAAACGAAAGAAAAAGACGACAUUCGCCUUACAGAGCUGGAAAAUGUGCUACCCAAAGACGACGAGUUUUUUGACAUGAGAAAAGUGAGCGACACAUUAGAUAACGUGCGCAUCAAGAGGCUCAAAACGGAGCGUGCCCACUCACCUGAGGUUGACAUGAUGGAAGACUCUCACUCCAGUCCGCUUUUUCCUUACGAGAUUGGCGCAGAAACAUUAUCUCGGCCAGUUAAUGAGACACUUCCACGGAUAUAUAAACCAGAACUCGUUUCAGCCACCGAGCUGGGAAUAAACGAGGCAAUUGUCGACCUAUCGCUGCCCGCUCUGCCAGCUCUUCAAAUUAAUGUUUUGGAUAAGCAGCAAGUCCUCCAGACGAUCCAGGUUAUAAAGAAUUUCAACUUGCACGCAAAUAAAAUUAAACGCAGACUCCUAGACACUCUUUCAAGACGCUCUACAGCGGACGAUCUUUUCAACGAGCGUUUAGUUCGGGUUGAAAAUGCUAAUAUACUUUUGCAAGCGAAAGCUUACGACCUGAGGAUUGCUGAAAAGUUGCAGGAGCUACAAAAUAGACAGCGCAUUGUUGCAGAAAGUUUUGCGACCUUGAUGGGCUCGAUUUAUGCUUCCAAAAAGCGUUAG